UAUCUCUCCCUCUUUUCCGUCCGCUCACGGUCUUUCUCACAUUCGCUCGCAGAGGAUUUUCUCCGAGCAGAGAAAGCCCAACAAAACCCGAUAAAAAUUAUCCAUGGAAGCUACUUUAUGACCGGGAAAUCGAGUAGAAAUCGCCGGUAAUCUCCUGCUCCGGUUGGAUUUUUCUCAGAUUGUAUGCCAUCGCUGCCUUACACAUGUCAGCUUCUUCCACCAGGAUUCGGAUAUCGUUAUUUCGGACGAUUCGUUGGUUUAGCUCUCUUUGGUCGUCGUCCGCAUCUGGUUUUGGUGGGUUCUUCUGAAGCAACGACGGCCAUAGUUGGGUCUGAUCACUGUUCUGGAGUGGGUUUCUGCGUCUCUGUGCGCGAUUGCGUUGGAUAAUUUGAUGCCGCAGGAUCACGCUUCUUGGGAUCGGAAGGACCUCUUGAGGCAUAGGAAGCACGAACGGCUCGCACAGUCCUUUGAUUCGAGUUUCAGAUGGAGGAACUCGUCCUCAGUUUCUUCUUCUCACCAUGUUCCACGCGAGUUUUCCCGUUGGGAUCCUGGAGACGUCCGUAGGCCUCAUGGUCAUGGUAAGCAGGGUGGACGACACCAGUUUGCUAGUGAGACUGAUCAUGGGCAUGUAUCUUCUCGGUCCAGUACCAGGAUAUUUGAAGAUGACAAUUAUCGACCCUCUGCAUCUCGUGGAGAUUGGAGAUAUAACAAGAAUACCAGGGAUGGUAGAGUUUCUUUCAACCAGAAGGAAUGGAAACACCAUACAUGGGAAAUGAACAACGGAUCUACUAGAAUUCUCGGGAGACUACCAGAUAUGAAUAAUGAUUGUUUGUCAGCAGAUGAAAGGCCCUCUAAUGCGUCUGAUUCUCGCACUGCCAUAUCAAAGCUUUCGGUUUUAGCCCACCCCACACAGCAGAAUAUUGAAAUCUCUCCAGUGAAAACACCUACAGGGAAUUGGGACCAGAAUUUUUCAAAUCAAAGGCUAGCAUCACCUUCACAUCCUCAUUCUGUUUCAGGGAGCUUGUAUGAGUUGUCGUACUUGUUGGACAAACAUGAUAAUGAGGUUUGUUCCUCCGGAAGACAAUGCCAUGAUGUGCGUGGUGAUAAUACUUCAUUAUGUCCUUCGAAUUUCCAUGUUGACCUUCAGUUGACUCAUGGGCAGCUUCUCUCCAAAGAUCAGAAGGAUGACAAGGUCCAUGGUGUCAAUGGAAUACACAUAGUUGAGAAACUUGGAAAGGAAAGUUGUCUUGGAUCCAUUAACUGGAAGCAUCCAUUAUGGACUCAUUCUGGAAGGUUUGCAUCUCGAGGUUUUGGUUUUAGUCACUCAAGUAGUUCAAAAAGCUUUGGAGCUGUUGAUACCAUUGAGCAGAAGACUGAAGUUCUGCCUAAAAUUGUUUCUGUAACCGAAUCCACCUCAAGAGAUGCUGCCUCAUAUUUUACAUCUUCGUGUCUGCCUGAGGAGACGAACUCUAGAAAGAAGCCACGGCUUGGAUGGGGUGAGGGUCUGGCUAAAUAUGAAAAAAAGAAAGUUGAUGUUAACUUGUGUGAAGAUGGAAACACGAUGUUGGCAAACAGUACAGGAGAAGCAUAUUCUUUGCUUUGUAAAAGUCCUACCAUGGUCAACGCUUCUGAUUUCGGUUCCCCUGCAACUCCAUCCUCUGUGGCUUGCAGUUCCUCGCCAGGAACGCGGGAUAAACCGUCUUGCAUGGCAGCUAAAGCCGUUAGUGAUGCCAGUAAUCUAUGCCGUUCACCUAGUCCUGUGUUUAAUUAUCAGCUGGAGAGAAUUCCAUUUAAUUUAGAGGAUGCUGGGAACAUCUCAAUGGAGAAUUUGAGUUGUUUGCUUAGCGAGCUGCUUCGUACUGAUGAUUCUGGUCCAGGGGAUUCUUGCUCUAUUCAAUGGAAUGUAAUGAACAAGGUGCUUGCCUGGAAAGUUGAUGUUCUGAAGGUCCUAGAGUUGACUGAGUCCGAAAUUGAUUUGCUUGAAAACAAGCGUAGAGCAUUGAAGUUUGAAGCAGGAAGUCUCUGUCCCUAUCAAAUUGGGCCUGUCGAGCAAGGAGCUCCUUGUGUGGCUGAGAGACCAGAGGGAGCUGUUCAUAAUGCUGUUCCAGCUAAAGUUUCUGUUGAUGCUACUGGUGAAGGUGUUGAAAGAUCACAAGAUACAGUGGAUAUACCUUCUAUUAAAACGGCUACUUCUUCCACUGAUGUUGACAUGUCCAGUUUUGCUAUUGGCUCUACUACUAUCAAUGAUGAUACUGUUCAGCUUUCUUCUGGUUGUUGUAGCAUUGCCUCUGAAGAAGAUGUCUCUGUGAUAUUAGUUUCAAAUAGGAAAUUUGCCCAUGAGGCUUCUGAAGUAUUUAACAUGUUGCUUCCGAGACAAUACAGUUGGUCUAACGAUACAAGAUGUUCUACCAUGUGUCAAGAUGAGGUUGAUCCUCAUAUCAAACAGACGAUUGCAGUGAAGAGACGAAUUAUGAGGGUUAAGGAGAAAAUUUUGGUCCUUCAGUUUAAAGCUUUUCAGCUCUCAUGGAAGAGGGACAUGCAUCAGCUUGCUAUUUCAAAAUACAAUGCGAAGUCUCACAAGAAAUGUGAAUCAAACCUUUAUAUAAAAAAUGGUGCAAUUCAGAAGCUUCCGCAGUCUGUACGCCUGAAGUUCUAUUCUCCUGCUCCAGGAAGAGAGAGUCCGCCCCCUACAGCAGAAUUUUUAAAUUUCAUGGGAAAGCUGCUUCUGGGUUUCCAGCAUAAGCGGUGUAGAGAUAUUUUGAGGAUGCCUGCGAUGAUUUUGGGUGAGAAAGAGAAGGUGAUCUCAAGAUUUAUCUCUAGCAAUGGAUUGAUUGAAGAUCCAUGUGCUGUUGAGAAGGAAAGAGCGAUGAUCAAUCCUUGGGGCUCAGAGGAGAGGGAGAUUUUCCUGGAUAAGCUAGCUAUGUAUGGAAAGGAUUUCAGGAAAAUUGCUUCACAUCUUGAGCAAAAGACAACUGCAGACUGUAUCGAUUUCUACUACAAAAAUCACAAAUCUGAUUGUUUUGUGAAAAUAAAAAAGAAGCUUGCCAAUGGUAAGGAACGGAAGUGCAACUUUAUGUUGGCUCCACGGAAAAAAUGGAAACGAGAAAUGGGUGCUGCCUCUCUCGAUAUCUUAGGUGCUGUCUCAGUGAUAGCGGGUAAUGCAAGCAAGGUUACCUCUACCAGGCAGAUGUCUUCCAAAAGAAUCACUCCUGGUGGUUCUAGAUGUUUGCAUCACAGUGAUAAUAGCUCUGAAGGCUGCUUUUAUAAUUUUGAUCUUCAUGAUAAACAAACCAUUUCUGCAGAUGGUUUAUCAGGUGGUGAUGGUUCUUUGUCAACAGGGCUGAUAAGUUCUUGCCUAAGAAGUUCUGCUGAUCCUGAAGAGAGGUGUAGGAAGUAUCCAAAGUUCGAUUCUACUCUUAAAAUAUCUCAGCUAUCUCAUGCUACGCACUGUGAUAACAGCAGUGAUGAAGAUGACACUUGCUCGGAAGAAAGUUUUGAGGAAACAAGCCCUGUUCAUUGGACGGAUGAAGAGAGGUCUGCUUUUAUGCAGGGUUUCUUGCUUUAUGGUAAGAAUUUCGCAAUGAUAUCACAAUGCAUUGGGACAAGAUCUCAAGAUCAGUGCAAGGUUUUCUUUAGCAAAGUUCGGAAAUGCCUCGGGUUAGAAUUAAUACAGCUGCAAUCUGGAAAUGCAAGCACAUCUGCAAGUGUGGAUAACAGCAACGAGGGUGGUGGAAGCGAAAUGGAAGUUCCUUGUGCUUUGGAAGGUAGCUCUGUUAUGUGCAAUGAUGAUCUUUGUGCCAAGAUGGACGUGAACUUGCCAAAUUUGCCUUUUAACGUAAAUCGUGAUGGAGCAGAUCAUUUAGGUUCAGUUAAAUUGAAAUCUGACCUUGACAGAUCAGAACAAGAGAAUGGGUCAGCAUGUUUGGGUUGGAAAGAUGGCGUUGAAGUUGUGGACACUAAUGCAUCACCAGUUCACAUGGAUUGUUCAGAUUCAGUUCCUAAGACUGUGGAGAGUCAAUGUCCAGCUGUUGAGAAAACCGAAAGCGAUCAGUUGCUGUGUACUGAAACAAAUCAAGGUGUCUUGGUUUCGGCAGUUGUAUCUCCUCAACCCCCAUCUUCUAAUGCUACCGUUCUGGCUAAUCUUAUUCUGAAAAGCUUUACUGAAAGAUUGAGAGAAUAUUCAGAUAGUGUGAAGGAAACUGCAAAUGGAACAAGAGAUCCCCCUCUCAUUCCAGCUGAAGCCGCAUCUUCGUCUGGUUUCAGUUUGCCUGAGUGUCUUCACCAUGUUCCAAUAGAGAUGUGCGUGGAGGGGGUCCAUCUGCCACAAGAAAACUCCAGUAGCCACUCCGAAACCGGAUCUCCUAAUGCUUUUGAUGUACACGUUAUGGAAAGACAUAACUUGGAUGCACGCUUUUUUUCGAAUGCCCAUCUUAGUUUUGGCGAGAAGCAUCAGUUUUAUGGGCAAAACAGUCUACAGGAUGUUCAUGUCAGUAACACCACUGAGGCUUCUCGGAUACCAUGGAGCUCAUUUAUGCAGGACCCAAGCUUGAAUAAAAGGUCAAAAUCAGAUGUUAUCGUCACAACCACUCUGGGUACAGGUGAAGAUUUCUCACUCAAUAGGUGCAGUAGUUUAACGAGUAACAGUACAAGUGCCAAGCAACGGAGACUGUCCCAGAAAGAGAGCAGAACUGUUAAUACCAGAAGGCAUUCUCGUAGUUUGUCUGAUACUGAGAGACCUUACAAAAACGAAGACCUCAGACUGUUCGGUACAAUAGUUACCUCUCACGAGAACGAGAGGAAUACGCAUCAUCUGCAUGAAAGCAUCAGGCAAGACCUUCAGAAUGUCCCGAUUGCAAGCUAUGGAAUCUGGGAUGGCAACAGAAUAAGAACAGGAUUCACGGCUUUGCAAUAUCCCGAAGCAUUUGCCGUUCAAGAUGUAUCAUCGACAUCAGAGGUUCAAGUUGGUAGUAGUAGAGAGAUUCAGCCUGAUGGUUUAUCGGUUUAUACCCGUAGGAAACUAAACGGUAGUACUGAAAUUCCUGUUUUUGGGACUCAGAUUGAUGGUGACUAGGUUGUUGAGUGUUGGGGAUGAUGAGCAGCAGCAGCAGGGGACAUAGGUGAAGAAAAUUCGAUUUUUUUUGUCUGUUUUGGUAGUGAUUUGAAGAACCAACCUAAUAGAUUAGUAAUUAAGACUGUUUAUCGAGGUAUGUUAUUCUUUCUUACCCUCUGUAUUGUAUAUCAUCCUUUUUUUUAUAAUUAAAUUGGAAUGUAGCAAUGGACCUAUCAAUCACGGCAUUUUUUGGUUGAAAUA